AUGGAGGUGUUGGAGAGAAACGAUCUCGCGUACCAUCGAGCAGUGAAGGAUGGAUGCAUGUACGACGUUGUUGCCAGCUGCGUCGUGGAUGAAUUCCCAGAGUUUUGUUCACUGUCCCAGUCCGCAGCAAAUGCUGCAAACCAAGUGGCGCGACCUGAAGCAGAAUUGCAGAUCUGCUGCAAAAUGCUUGGUUUCAUCAAAAACCAAGUUGGUGAUCAGCCAACGCCAUAUCAAGACAUUGCUCCCCAGAUUUUGCGAAGCAAGCCUCCACGGCCAGAAUGCAUUCCGCAUCUCUACAACUUCAUGAUCCGGUGUGGAGGAGGGAAGAGUGCGCAUCUCUUUCAAAACACCGAAUCAUUUGUGAAGUCAUACGGCCAUAGUGGAAGGUCCUUUGGUGUGAAAGCCUGGGACAACCUUGGUUUGGAUGUCCGCCAGAAGGGUAUGGAGCAGUGUGUGCUUUGGCGACAUGCCAUGCUGAAAGCAAUGUAUUGUCACCAAGAGGGAUUGGUCACCCACGCCGAUAUCAAGAAGAGCUUGCAGCAGAGGGAUCUUUUCGCCAAGGUCAUGCAAUUCGAGGUACUGCACCAAGAUGUCAGGAAGUUUGGUGAGAGCCUGACAGACUUGUCAGCGCACCAGCGUUUGAUGGGCUUGGGUAUCUUCGAGGUGGUUUCGGUGAUUGCAAUCUUGGGCAAGAAGCCGAAGGAGAGCGUGCAUCCCUUUGAGCCUUGCAAUGACACGACCGAAGCGGCCUUCCAGUGCGCGCAGUUCUGGCGCAAGUUCUCAGAGGAUCAUAGGAACUCUCCUUGGGACCCAGUGGCCGCUGCGACAACUGCACCAUCUUCUUCAUCAGCUGCACCGGCAGGCAUGAAAAGCAGGGACUACACUGAUGAUGGUCGACUCAUUUCCAAUGCCAUGGUCCUUGAUGCAGGGUUUGAGAAAGGAUCCACUAUCGUAAGGAAGUCCGAUGGUACGCAAGCCACAAUCAAAGACAUGACCGCAAAGAAGGUUGUUGUGACAUGCUUGGAUGAUGGAACGGAUUACAAUCUUGAUGUGGAUAAACUUAUCGGUGGUGAUUGGAAGCAUCAACCAAAAGCAAAGGUGCAGGAACCAGUGAAGGAUCCCCAUGCAUGGAAAGAUCUCAUGAACGUGAGUGUAAUCAAAGCUACUGUCGUUCAACGGUUGCAACGCGCAUUGAAUCAGCACCGGGAUCAAAACAAGAACUUGGAACUCUUUCAGAAGCCAAAGGGGGUGACUGCUGCAGCAGACAUCGCCAAGGACAAAUGCGUGUUGAUUCCUUUGACAAACAAGGUUGAGGUUGUGAAAAAAUCAGAGGCCAAGGCACCAACAGCAUCGGCUAUCCAAUUGGAAGUUGAAGAGCAUGAUGGGCAAGAGUUCAAUGUUACUUUGCAGCCUCCCGGAGUUCAUGCACCAUUUUGGCUGAUGAAGGUCACGAGUGAGCGAGAUGAUGCGAACAUGUUUUUGGUGAAGCACGAUAAAAUUGUGGUUGCCAGGAACCCUGGCAAAAUUGAGGCUGGGGAAAGCCUCAUUUUGUAUCGUCCUGAGAUUGCUAAGAAGGCGCCCGAGCCCUUAGAGCUUGCAUCUUUGCACCCUGUCAAGCGAAUGAAGAAGAGCACAUCAUAA